GAGGGAGAGAGAGGGAGAGAGAGGGAGAGAGAGGGAGGGAGAGGGAGAGAGAGGGAGAGUACAGGCCAAAUAAAGCCAUGGGGGCCAGGUCUGGUACAGCCCCCCUCAUACUAUAAAUACGCUGUUUGUCUGGAGGUUCGGGUUUGGUGGCUCGGGCUUCGGACCGCCAACCGCUGCAGCUUGCCUCAGACGAGCCUCGUCCUCUUCCUCGACGUCCUGGUCCUGGGCUCUCCGGAUACCCAAGAUGCCUCGCGUGGAUGCAGACCUCAAACUGGACUUCAAGGAUGUCCUCUUCAGGCCCAAACGCAGCAGUCUGAAGAGCCGGUCGGAGGUUGACCUGCAAAGAACGUUCACAUUCCGCAACUCCAAACAGACAUACAAUGGCAUCCCCAUCAUCGCUGCUAACAUGGACACCACGGGUACCUUCGAGAUGGCCCAGGUCCUCAGCAAGCACACUCUUUUCACAGCUAUUCACAAACACUACUCUGUCGACGAGUGGAAAAACUUUGCCGCCAGUCACCCCGAAUGCUUGGAGAAUAUCGCAGCUAGCUCGGGCAGCGGCAAGGCUGAUCUGGAGAAGCUGUGUGGCAUCCUGGAGGCUGUGCCCAACAUCAAGUACAUCUGUCUGGACGUCGCCAACGGAUACUCAGAGUACUUUGUGGAGUUUGUCAAAACUGUCAGAGAGAAGUUCCCCAAACACACCAUCAUGGCUGGCAACGUGGUGACGGGAGAGAUGGUGGAGGAGCUCAUCCUCUCUGGCGCUGACAUCAUCAAAGUGGGCAUCGGGCCAGGGUCUGUGUGUACCACCCGCAUCAAGACAGGGGUGGGCUACCCUCAGCUCAGCGCUGUCAUCGAGUGCGCAGACUCGGCCCACGGACUCAAAGGUCACAUCAUAUCAGAUGGUGGGUGCAGUUGCCCGGGUGAUGUGGCCAAAGCUUUUGGGGCCGGGGCCGACUUUGUGAUGAUGGGUGGCAUGCUGGCGGGACACGACCAGUGCACCGGCGAGGUCAUCGAGAAAGACGGCAAGAAGGUCAAACUGUUCUACGGCAUGAGCUCCGACACGGCCAUGAAGAAAUACGUCGGGGGCGUGGCUGAGUACAGGGCGUCGGAGGGAAGGACAGUGGAGGUGCCGUACCGGGGGGACGUGGAGAACACGGUCAAAGACGUGCUGGGGGGCCUGCGCUCCACCUGCACGUACGUGGGGGCGGCCAAGCUGAAGGAGCUGAGUCGCCGGACCACCUUCAUCAGAGUCACACAGCAGUCCAGCCACAUGUUCACCUAGCGGAGGGGCGGGGGGCUCACCCAAUAGAUACAGGUGGACAUGCCCAGGCACCCCACCACACACACUUACACCCUCAGAGAGUAUGGAACGCAAACAUAUACACAAACUCACACUUGCUUUUCUCAGGACAGCACUUCUUCUUUUUGAAGGCUGCUAGAGAUAUAAGUAGGAUAUUAGCUCAUCUCUGCAUAAAAGUUCUGAGUUGUAUCAUCAGAGAAUGGCUCGAUACAUCCAGUGUGCUUUGCUGAGCUUCAAUAUGCAAAAUCCAUAGUCAUCAGAUUUGACUUUAUGCUGCAGGAUGAAGUUCAAUCAGUUCUUUACAUGUUUGGGUCAGAGUUAGGACAGGUGAGCAGAUCAAGUCUGCUCAAGUUCUGAGCAAACUCUAUUCUGAGCCCUAUUUACUGUAAAUAUCAGUGAGCAUCUGUAAUUACCUUCCACGGAAUGGGACUGGGAAAAUAUCUAUUGCUUUUUAAUUUAAGCAUGCUGGCAAGAGGCCCUGAAAGUGCCCACCUAUGGCUAGUUGUGAUGCUAACAAGCUUAAGGAAUGUACCAUCCAAAGUGCUGUAUGAUCUUUGAACAAUGGAGCCGACUGGAGUUAGAAUGUCCAUCUAAUGAAAUGUUCUGUGGUGUUCGACCGUUUAGUUUUCUGCUUUUCAGCUUUUUGAGAAAAACUAACCUUUAUCCCUUUCUGUCUGUCUAUCUCUCUGUAGCCCACCUUCGGUCGCGUACCAUGGUAGCUACUCUAUCCCACUUCCACUGCAGCCUCUGUGUGUGUGCAGGUCUGUAUCCUGUUUCACAGGAUGCUCUAAUGUGCCAGUAGACUGCUGGGUUUGGGCACUCCAAAGCAUACCGUGACUGAAACAAGUCCUGAAAAUAUUUGACACACCUGAGAUGCACCUGGUUUAGUGUGCCUUGCACACUUUAGUCCCAACAUUGAAACUGAGGGACUAAAUCAAACACACCUGAAAUAUUUCAAAAUACACCUCAGUAGCUAUAUUUAUUUGAAGAGAAACUCUGUACAGAAAAGACCUUUAGGGAUAAAACAGACUAAACAAACUAAAAACAGUACUGUUAAAACAGGAUUUGUAGGACAAAACGAAUACUGUAAAAUGUGAAGCUGUCUUAAGAAAAUGACAAUGGUUACAGCAUCACCUAAUAAAAACAAUGGUGGAGAA